ACAGUUUUGGAUAUUUUGGAUCAGACAGCUUGUUUAACCGUGGAAACGCAACCUAAAGCCGAAGCUACUUCCCCAGUUCAUGUCUCAUGGUUCUAUUCCCACGCUUGGCUUUGGGAUAUUCAGAGAAGGGCCCUUGCCCUUUUCAGUUUCUAUAAGAGGAAAACAGUAGCAAGAAAUAGUAGCUGAGAACAGUCAGGGAGGGACUAUCCUUUACAACUGAGCACUCCUCUACUCCAACGCAACCAAUAGACAUACGAAGAGAAAGGAACAGGCAUUCUCACGGAGAGGGAGGGAGACGGCUGGAUCCAGCGCAGUCAGCCUCAAUCCGAUGAAACAGACUCCAGCACUGAUUCAACUCUGCAUUCAACAAGGAUUCUAACGAAUUCUGAGGUUAUGUGAACAGAAUGAAUGUAUCUGUACCUUCCUUUCUGCUAAUGAAUCACUGAUUUCAAGGAAAUGCUUCAGAUCUCUGAAGCCUACAGGAAUACAGAAGUGUCUGACGUCUACACCUUUGAUACACAGCUUACAGGUACCACCAUAAGGCAUUGCAUGCGGUGCUUAACCAUCUACUGGAUGACGGACUCGCAAGCUCUUAGGAUUUGAUUACCGAAUCAGCGGAUGCAACAUAUACAUCUACUUGGGUUAAGCUAAUGCUAUUUUGCACACCUCGCUAAGUGAUAAACUCUUCACAUCAUGUUAGCCUGUCUCUUGCAAAGUGAAUGGAAUGAGAAAAUGCUAUUACUCUUCAUCAUGGGACUGGCUGCUGAAGGCUCUGUGGGAUGCCCUAAAUCUUGUAUUUGUGCGUCUGACCUUCUUAGUUGCGUGAGAAAGGAUCUUAAACAAGUGCCACCAAAUCUGCCUGCCGCCUCUGUAAGCCUGGACCUCAGCCACAACGGUAUCAGCCAGCUACACAAUAACUGGCUCUUUGGACUUCCGCGCAUACACAUCCUACGGCUCAGUCAUAACCACAUCAGAUGGCUUCCUUCUCGUGCUUUCCACAACGCUACCACGCUACAACAUCUAGAUCUGUCUUUCAAUUAUUUGCAGGGGAUUCAGGAAGAACUGUUCGAGCACCUUAACAAUCUUGAGGAACUACUUCUGUACAAAAACAGCAUUACCCGUGUAGAUUAUGGUGCCUUCAUCCACUUGAGCAACAUUCAAAAAAUCUACCUAAGCUGGAACAAUCUGACAAAUUUUUCAUUCAAUGCCAUGCAAAACUUCACCAACCCUAACCUCCGCACUCUGGAUCUCUCAUCCAACCAGUUUCUGAAACUCCCUGUGGAAGAAGUGUCCUCUCUACCAGCAUUUAUCAAAAAUGGUCUAUACUUGCACAACAACCCACUAACCUGUCACUGCUCCCUCUUUGCCCUCUUUAUCCAUUGGGAUCACCGUGGCUUUUCAUCAGUGGUUGACUUCUAUAAACAACACACUUGCCGCUAUAUGGGGCGCCCCAAUGUUGUAGUGCAAAUCCUUCAAGCCCAGAAAGGGUUGGACAAUUGUUCAGUGGAAAGGUUGUACAGGUUACCUGAAGCUGGUCUGAGGGUUCUUGUUGGGAAGCAUGUCAUGAUAACAUGCAAUACGAGCUUGCCCCUGGACAACACCACAUACAUGUGGAUUACACCAACGUAUGAUUUCAUUAUGCCCCCUGGGAACAGCAAUCAAAGUUUACGAAUCCACCAAAACGGUAGCUUGGAAAUCAGCAAGGCACAAACGUGGAACUCUGGAAUUUACGUGUGUAUUGCAGUAAAUAGGAGGCUUAGCUAUAAUUCCACUCACGAGGUCAAUGUCUCUGUGCAUUACCCCAAACAUGAUGCCGAGUCUUUUAACACUGGUAUAACAACUCUUCUGGGCUGCGUGGUCAGCCUAGUAUUGGUCUUCAUUUAUCUCUACAUGACUCCCUGCCGUUGCUUCCCCUGCUGCAUCAAGCCGCCGCAGCCCCCUAGCCCCCCACAUGAAAGCAGUGGCCAGUCUACCUUAUGUGGAACCCCACCAGCCACAGAGGUACCCAACAACCGUAAGGCCAGCCGACAUGUGGUCUUCUUGGAACCAAUCAAAGAGAGGAGAUGGGAAAAGAAAGCAAAGGUUCUACAGCUCAAGAUAGACUCGGACUCCUCCAGCUCUGUGUUUUCAGACAGCCCCAUUGUGUAUACAUAAACUAAUGAACGGAUUGUAUUAAAACCUUACUAGGAUUUUUUGAUAUCUUCGUUAUUUUGCCUGUACAUAUUUACUGACUUCGGAGGAAUGUUAUUCGCAUGGAGCAUGCCUGCAGAAGCAACAUACCUACGCCACUUAAAUGUUGACAUGUUUAUUAUUAAAAGCCCACUUGUACUUUAUACUAAAUUGGGUUAAUAGAUAAUUGUGGAAUUCCGGAAU